AUGUCUAAAGCAUUGGCACUUGUGGUGGUGUUGUUUUUUGUGUUAUUUUGUGGAAAAUGCUAUGGAGAACUUAGAGUUGGAUUUUACAAAGGAAAAUGUGGGGUGACAAAUGUUGAAGGUGUUGUCCAAAAUGUUGUAGAAACAUGGCAUUUUGAAGAGAAGGAAAAGGAUAUUGCAGCUGCUCUUCUACGUAUGCAAUUCCAUGAUUGCUUUGUUAAUGGUUGUGAUGCAUCAAUUCUACUGGAUGGACUCACCAGUGAGAAAAAAGCAGUCCCAAAUUCAAGUGUUAGGGGAUAUGAACUCAUUGAUGCUAUUAAAGAAGCUUUAGAAGCAGAAUGUCAAGGCCUAGUUUCUUGUGCUGACAUUAUUUCUAUGGCAACUAGAGAUGCUGUUGUCUUUGUUCUCAACAAGGCUCGAAGACCUUUGACUAGAUUUGAAAUGGAUCAGGCUGGAGGAAAAUGGUAUGAUGUAGAAACAGGACGAAGGGAUGGAGAUGUUUCCUUAGCUUCAAAUGUGAAACUUCCUGCUGCUACAAUUUCAGUUUCUGAUUCCAUCAAACUCUUUGCAAGCAAAAAUCUUACUCAAUAUGACAUGGUUUAUCUUCUAGGUGGCCACACUGUUGGAAUUGCUCGUUGCUCACUCUUCAAAGAUAGAAUAUACAACUUCAAUAAAACUGGUGGUCCUGAUCCAACCAUGAGCCCAUGGCUAUUGGCUGAAUUAAAGGAAAAAUGUCCAAGAAUUUCAUUAAUAUUUGACAACACUUAUCCUCUUGAUGUGAAGACUCCAUCUUUGGUAGAUAAUUCAUAUUUUCAAGAAAUUAAAAAGGGAAAUGGGGUUCUUCAAAUUGAUCAACAAAUAGCAUUGGAUGAAUUGACAAAGAAUAUUGUGGAUGAUAUUGUUAAUGAUCCUGAUUUUUACACUAAGUUUGGUGAGGCCAUGGUGAAAUUGGGUAGAGUUGAAGUAUUAAUUGAUGGACAAGGAGAAGUGAGGAAAUCAUGUAGGGUUGUUAAUUAGAAGCCAUUUAUUUUUGGAGGGCUCAAUUAGA